GAUUUUGGUGGCUCACCGAUUUUGUUUGGUGUUGCAUCGGUGAUUAAUCAUGGUCUAACAUUAGCAACAACAUGGGCAUCAGGAUCGUCGUACAUUUCGCUAAUCGCUCCACCACCGCUCAAAACAACAGCGCAGACCUUGCUCAUGCUCCUCUAUCACGGAAUUGGAAAAGGAUUCGGAAGCGUUGUUGGCGGUUUUAUUAUAAAAUCUGCAGAUACUUGGAAGUUCAUUGUUGAUUCAUAA